GUUCUAAAGCUUGCACAUAUCAUCAACUAACGGAUAUUUAUUUGCUAGUUAGCUCAAAGUUACCAUUUCGAGUGGCAACCACACAAAGGAAAAAAGGAACAUACGUAUCACAUUUACCGUAUGGCCAAAAAUGCUCGCAAACGCCAAAGAACCGAAAAAAACCAGGACGAACAAGCUCAGCCAUUAGGAGCAAAGGUAGCAUUGGACGACGAUGCUAGUAAAGAUGAUGAGGAAAGACGUCUGGAGAGCAUUCUUUUUGGCGUUCCUUACAAGCCAUCGGGGAAUAAAGGCAAGGAUGUGCUAGCGUUUUCUGACGAAGAAGAAGAUCUCGAAGAUGUGGGAGCCGGCAAGGAACUGGAGAAUAUGCUGGAUUCAGAUCUUUUCUUCGUAGACGACAGUACUAUGCCGUCAGGAGGUAUCCCAGACUCACAGACAAGUCAACAGGAAGAUGAAGAUAGGGAGCAAGAUGACGAAGCGGAUGAUGCAGAAGUUUCUGAUGCUGGGCUCACAGAAGUACAACCACAAGAUUUCUCAGAAGGACAGCUUGCACCCUCGGAAAACCCUCUGUCGUCAAAAGGCCGAAAAGCCCCUGCCUGGAUGGACCCUGACGAUGCUAACAUCCAGAUAUCCCUCGCUUCUAAUAAUCGGCUGCGAAAAAUGCGUGAUGCUCCCUCAGAUGACACCGUCGGAGGUCGAGAGUAUGAAAGAAGACUACGAAGACAAUACGAGCGCAUCAAUCCAACUCCAGAUUGGGCAUCUAAUGCUCGCCAAAAGCUUCACAAGUCAAAAAGGAGAAGGUCGUCGGUUUCGGGUUCCGAGUCAGAGGAUGGUGAUGAAUUCGAGGACUUUAUUCCUGAUAUCCUCAAUUCCACUGCAGGUAUAGUCGGUACAAGGAAGUCGAGAAAGCUUCCCCAGGGAACAUUGUCCAUCGAGCGCCUCCGUGAUGCAAAUCAAGCUGCUCCCGCUGAAGGCGAGAUUAAAGCCUUACACUUCCAUCCGUCUCCUCAGGUGCCAAUGCUUCUCACCGCAAGUUCAGACCGGCGGCUUCGCCUCUUUCAUAUUGAUGGCCUCACGAAUCCACAUAUGCAGACACUCCAUAUCCCCUCUCUUCCACUUUCAAACGCCGUCUUCCAUCCUGACGGGUCCUCCAUUUUAUUAACGGGUUCACGCCCUUUCUAUUACACUUACGAUCUACAAUCUGGUGCGUCACAUCGAUCUCCGAGGGGACUCUGGGGAACCACUUUCUCCUCCGACCGUACUGCACAAGGCGCUACCAUGGAGAUGUGCGCAUUCAAUCCAACAGGCGACAUACUCGCUGUUGCUGGUCGGCGUGGAUAUAUUCACCUUGUCGACUGGCGGUCAGGUACGGCGCAGGUCACCGGGGAACUUAAAGCCAACACUGCAAUCAAGUCCAUAUGGUGGGCACGCGGUGGGCGCGGGGAGCUCAUGAGUCUCGGAGAAGACUCACAGGUGUAUGUCUGGGACAUCGGGCAACGGAGAUGUGUAAAACGGUGGCAGGAUGAAGGUGGUUUUGGAAGCCGGUUGAUGAGCGGUGACAAAGCAGGGAACUACCUUGCUAUAGGAUCUACCGGUGGUCUUGUCAAUGUCUAUGGAUCCCAUGGCACUUCUCAGCCAGGAGAUGAAAGAUCAAAGCCCCUGAAGACUAUCGGCAACAUUACGACUUCUAUUUCAACGCUUCGUUUCAACCAUGACUCACAGCUUCUUGCCGUAGCCAGCAACGUUAAAAAGGAUCAACUACGUCUGAUCCACUUGCCUUCCUUGACUGCUUUUGGAAAUUGGCCGACCUCAAGCACUCCGUUGGGUCAUGUCACUGCUAUAGACUUCUCUUCCACCAGCCAAUAUCUAGCAGUUGGGAACAACCGCGGACGUGCUUUACUAUACAGCCUGAGAGACUUCACGCAACUUUGAUCGUCUCCACAUUACGAGAGAAAAAGAGUGCUAAUUAGUGCCCAGUUACUAUACAUAAGUCGUGUGGGACAUACCCCCGUGCAGAACGAAGACAACAAAAUAUACAGUAAUUCUGCAGACAU